CUGCAGUUGAAUGAAUGAAUGAGCAAACUUUGAUGUGAGUGAGUGAGUCGUCCUAAAAAAGAUUUUGAUGAUGAUGAUAAGGAUUGUUGCGGCCUUCGUUUUCCUUCUCCUCUCCCCAUCUGUUUCACCCUCAGACAUAGACUCAGACAAGCAAGCCCUUCUCGAGUUCGCCUCCCUCGUCCCUCACGUCCGCAGACUCAACUGGAACACAACAACCCCAAUCUGCACAUCCUGGACCGGCAUCACCUGCUCCAAGAACAACGACCGCGUCACCGCCCUCCGUCUCCCCGGCUCCGGACUCUACGGUCCUCUGCCACAGAAGACGUUCGAGAAGCUCGACGCCCUCAGGAUCGUCAGCCUCCGCUCCAACAACCUUCAAGGGAGCAUUCCUUCCGCUAUCCUCUCUCUUCCUUUCAUCCGCUCGCUCUACUUUCACGGCAACAACUUCUCUGGCUCCAUCCCUCCCGUGGCUCUCUCUGGCCGCCUUGUUAAUCUUGAUCUCUCCGCCAACGCGUUGACUGGUAACAUUCCUGUGAGUCUAAGGAACUUGACUCAGCUCACUGAUCUCAGCCUGCAGAACAAUUCUCUCACUGGACCGAUCCCUGACCUCCCUCCUAGCUUAAAGUACUUUAAUGUGAGCUACAAUAACCUUAACGGGUCGGUUCCUUCUUCUGCCAAGUCCUUCCCAGCGUCCUCGUUUCGAGGCAACACUCUUUUGUGUGGCGGUCCUCUAACUCCAUGUCUGGAGAACACUACAUCACCGUCUCCUUCCCCGACUCCUCCUCCUCCUCCUCCACCUGGUACAAGCAAAAGAGUUCUCUCUACUGCCGCUAUCGUCGGCAUUGCAGUCGGAGGUUCGGUUCUGUUGUUCAUCCUCCUCGCCGUCAUAACUCUCUGCUGCGCCAAGAAGAAAGAAAACGGGCAAGACAACAGCAGCAGCAGGAGCACGGCGGCUGCAGCGCCGAAAGCUAAACCCGGGAGGAGUAGUGACAACAAGGCAGAGGAGUUUGGGAGCGGUGUGCAGGAGGCGGAGAAGAACAAGCUGGUGUUCUUCGAAGGAAGCUCGUACAACUUCGACCUCGAGGACUUGCUCAGAGCCUCGGCUGAGGUUCUAGGAAAAGGAAGCUACGGCACGACGUAUAAGGCCAUCUUAGAGGAAGGUACCACUGUGGUGGUGAAACGGCUUAAAGAAGUAGCGGCUGGUAAAAGAGAGUUCGAGCAGCAGAUGGAAGCCGUGGGAAAGAUCGGUCCACACGCGAAUGUAGCUCCUCUCCGUGCUUAUUACUUCUCUAAAGACGAGAAACUUCUCGUGUAUGAUUACUACCAAGGAGGCAACUUCUCCAUGCUUCUUCACGGAAACAACGAAGGAGGAAGAGCAGCGUUGGACUGGGAAGCGAGGCUAAAGAUCUGUUUAGGAGCUGCGAAAGGAAUAGCUCACAUACAUUCUUCAUCUGGUGCUAAACUCCUCCACGGGAACAUCAAAUCACCAAACGUCCUCUUAACGCAAGACCUCAACGCCUGCGUCUCGGAUUACGGCAUAGCUCCACUGAUGAGUCACCACACCUUGCUCCCAUCGAGGAGCCUAGGGUACAGAGCACCCGAGGCCAUAGAGACACGGAAACACACUCAAAAAUCCGACGUGUACAGCUUUGGCGUGCUGCUGCUAGAAAUGCUGACGGGGAAAGCGGCAGGGAAGACGGCCGCGGGGCACGAGGAAGUGGUUGAUCUGCCGAAGUGGGUGCAGUCUGUGGUGAGAGAGGAGUGGACUGGGGAAGUGUUCGACGUGGAGCUGAUCAAGCAGCAGCAGCACAGCGUUGAGGAAGAGAUGGUGCAGAUGUUGCAAGUGGCAAUGGCUUGUGUGUCGAAGCAUCCGGAUUCUAGGCCUUCUAUGGAGGAAGUUGUUAACAUGAUGGAGGAGGUUAGGCCUUCUGCAGGUUCGGGUGCUGGUUCUGGUAACAGAGCCUCUUCCCCUGAGAUGAUCAGAAGCUCUGAUAGCCCGGUUUAGAUUGGUUCUUUUCUCAAAUCAUUAUUUAUUUUUGCUUUUUCUUUUUUUUUUACUUUAUUGGGGAAUAAACCUUUUCGUAGUUGACUAAUUCAGCAUGUGAUUUCUUCUAGUCAUUAUCUGAAAAAAUAGUGUAAUUGAAACUCUCUAUAUAAUGUUUCUUUUUUAGUUA